AUGAAUGUUAAAACCAGUCUACUUAAUGAAAAUCAAUGCCAAUUUAUGAACAAAAAGAAAAAAUUGUUACUUGCACUAGAUAUUUUUACCAAUGAAUCAAUAAAAGAAUACUACAAAGAGUUUUGUUCAACGUUUGGUUUAAUUAUGAAUAAUGCAGAUUCAUUUAAAUUUGGUUUUGCAUCAGGAUCUAGAAAACAAAGUAGAAAUACAACACCAAGUGAAGAUAGUUCUUCAUUAGAACGUUGGGAAAAUAAAAAUGAAAUUGGUGUUAAAUUUUAUAAUAUUAAAGAGUUAGAUGAAUUUAUAGAUUAUUUUGGUGAAACUGAAGAAUCUUCUUUAAUACAUAUAUGUAUAGCAAUAUUAAAUGAUUCAGAUUUUCAGGGAUUUGUGGACACACAAUUUAAAGUGAUUCUUUAUAGAAAUUGCCAAUUAAAAACAUAUAUUGUUGAUUUAUUCAAAAGUCUUCCAUUUGAUUAUUAUGAUCUCAGUAAGUGUUUUAGAAAACUUCAUAAUAUGUCUCAAUACAAAGGAGAUUUAAAUUAUUAUGAUAUGGAUAUAUCAAAAAAAAAAAUUCAUCUUGAAAUAUUAGCUCUCAUUAAUAGAAUAACAAUAAAAAUGAAAAGUAUAGCAGAACUUUAUGGUGCACGUAUAGCAUUAUUAGAGGAAUUUAAUUCUAAACUAGCAAAACAAAAAAUUAAACUUACAAAUGUUACUCAUGAUGUUGAUGAAGAAUUAAGAAAUGCAACUUUAAAUGCAUGCCAUAAAAUGGCAAUGGAUAUGACAGAAGAAAAUGAAAUGUUUAAAUUAUUUUCACGAUAUAGUACAAUUAAAAAAAUGAAUGAAAUAGAUAUUUCUGAUCUAGAAGAUGAUAUGGAUGAAGAUGAGGAAGAUGAGACAUCAAGUAGUAUAAAUGAUAUGGAAUAUGAAAGUGGAAAUAUAUCAACUGUGAUACAAAGUCCUGAAUGUUGUAUAGAUAUACCAUCAACUGGGUCUGCUCUUUCUAUAACACCAAUUGGAUCACCAAAAAUAGAUACAAAAAAUGUUUUAGAUAUAACUUCAAUAAAAAGAAAACCAGGGAAAUUUAAAAAAUUAACAAAAGGAGAGGAUGAUAUUGAAAUAGAAGGAUUAACAAGACGUAUAAUUGGAAAAGGAAAAAAAUCAAAUCAAUUGGAUCUUGCAACACUUGCUGAAAUGAAUGCUGCACCAGAUGAACCACGUUAUUGUUUAUGUGAUAGAGUCUCCUAUGGUGAUAUGGUCGGUUGUGAUAAUGAAAAAUGUACAUUAGAAUGGUUUCAUUUUGAAUGUGUUGGUCUUAGAACUAAACCAAAAGGAAAAUGGUAUUGCCCACUUUGUAGAGACGACAAACCAACAUCUCUUAAAAGGGUUAGAAAUUAA